AUGUAUGUCACUGCCAGCAGCUGUCCUAUUAGUGUGACAUGCACAGGGAAAGUCCCGCAACUUACCACAAAACGCUUCCCACCCACCCACGCGCUCAUCCGAAUUGAAAAACUUCAGGCCAACCGUUUCCGGAACGUUUCAUCGUCGGUUGAAGUUUCACUAUCGUUAGCCCAUGUCCGGCGGUUUCUGGUGGCUUUGCUGUGGAUAUUCUCAGUGAUUUAUGGGCAACCGACCGGAAGCAACCGACAAGGAUCUUCUUCUUCGGGGAAAACGUCUGAUGAUAGACCGAUUCAAACUCGACCCACGCGAGUUGAUACGUUCUAUGAUGAAUGGCAAUCAAGCUCCUUGACAGCCGGUGAAGUGACAACCGGAGGCAGAGAACUGAACUGUACCGCAUGUAAAUGUGGAAAUAAGGAAACGGGAGCGAAAAUUGUCGGUGGCAUGACUGCCCCAGAGAAUAAGUACUCGUGGAUGGCUGCACUGUACUACAAUAAUAAAUUUAUUUGCGGUGGUUCUCUCAUCUCCGAUCGCUAUGUCAUUACCGCAGCUCACUGUGUGUUCCGUACGGAUCCCGCCAGAUUCAGGAUUCAAUUUCUGGUUCACAACCGGACCAACCCUACCUCUAGUUCAGUGGAACGUAGCGUCAAAUCGAUCAAAUCCUUCUUCUACAAUAUACUGACCAACAACAACGACCUGGCGCUGCUAGAGUUGAUGUUUCCGGUCAAUGUGGGAGAUCAGCUGGUUCCGAUCUGUCUUCCGCCGGCCAAUGAUAAGCUGUACGAGGGUAAAAUGGCCGUCGUAACCGGAUGGGGCAAAACGGCAGUCGGCGGGUUGGCGGCUACCCUUCAGGAACUUCCGGUACCAAUUUUUACGAACACGGCUUGCCGAAAGGCGGGCUACUGGGGCUUUCAGAUCACCAACAAAAUGCUCUGCGCAGGGUACUUGGAAGGGGGUCGCGAUUCUUGUCAGGGUGACAGUGGGGGACCGCUUCAAAUAUUCAACAACGAUACCCGUCGCUACGAAUUGGCAGGGGUUGUAUCCUGGGGUAGAGCAUGUGCCCAGAAAAACUACCCGGGUGUUUAUACGAGAAUCAGCAAAUUCCUGCGCUGGAUCGGGAACAAAGUGAAGGACUCCUGCAUAUGUAACUAA